AGCACUUUGCCAGCUCCGCUGAAGGAGCUGUAGAAGAGAAGCAGGGAAAACAAGGCAGCGUCAGGCACCCCAGACUCAGGCCAGCAUGGUGUCUCUCCUGGACAACAUAGCCAGACCUUCUGCUGUCAUUCUGCAGCUGUCUGUGGUGCUUGGUGUCAUCUUUGUCCUACUGAAGGUGGUCAGAUUCUAUCAGGGGAGGAAGAAGAUCCUCAAAGCCCUGGAAGCAUUUCCUGGUCCCCCAGCGCAUUGGCUCUAUGGCCACAACCAUCUGAUAACUGGUGACAAAGUAUUGAAUCUAUUAGUGUCACUGGGAGAAGAAUACCCAUAUGCCUUUCCCAGAUGGUUUGGACCAGUGCUGCCAUCUCUAAUAGUCCACCAUCCUGAAUAUGCCAAGACUAUACUUGGACGAGGAGAUCCCAAGCCUCCUGUACCUUAUCAGUUCUUAGUUCCAUGGAUUGGCAAAGGGUUGCUGGUCUUGAGUGGAACCAAAUGGUUUCAGCAUCGGAAGUUGCUCACUCCAGCGUUUCACUAUGAUGUGCUGAAAUCUUACGUGUCCCUGAUGUCAGACUCAGUCAAAGUGAUGUUGGAUAAAUGGGAGAAGAAGAAGUCAGUAGAGCUCUUCGAAGACGUCAGCCUGAUGGCGCUGGACAGCAUCAUGAAAUGCGCCUUCAGCUACAACGCCAACUGCCAGACUCAGAGCAACUCAGACACUUACAUCAAAGCCGUUUUCGACCUGGGCUACCUCAUAAACAAGAGAAUACAGAAUUUCUCCUACCAAGAUGCCUUCUAUGACCUGACUCACAGCAGCCGGGAGUUUCAGGAUGCCUGCAGGCGGGCCCAUGCCCACACAGAUAAAGUAAUACAAGAAAGAAAGAUAUUGCUCUCCAAUGACAAGGAGCUAGACAAGAUCCGGAAGAAGAGACACCUGGAUUUUCUGGACAUUCUUCUUUGUACCAAGGAUGAGAAUGGAGUUGGCCUGUCUGAUGAGGACCUGCGUGCUGAGGUGGACACAUUCAUGUUUGAGGGGCACGACACCACAGCCAGUGGGAUCUCAUGGCUCCUGUACUGCAUGGCAUUGCACCCCAAGCACCAGGCACUGUGCAGGGAGGAGAUCCAGGGGAUCAUGGGGAACCGGGAUACCAUUGAGUGGGAGGACCUGGGGAAGAUGACAUACAGCACCAUGUGCAUCAAGGAGAGCUUGCGCCUGUUCCCACCCGUCCCUGCAGUGUCCCGAAGGCUCUCUAAACCUGUUACGUUUUCUGAUGGGCGCAGCUUACCUGAAGGCUCCCAGGUUUCGUUGAACAUAUUUGGUAUCCACAGGAACCGGGAUGUAUGGGAAGAUCCCGAGGUAUUCGAUCCCCUGAGGUUUUCUCCUGAGAACUCAGCACACAGGCAUUCACAUGCGUUCCUGCCUUUCUCUGCUGGAUCCAGGAACUGCAUUGGGCAGCAGUUUGCUAUGAACGAGAUGAAGGUGGCUCUGGCACUGACCCUGCUCCGCUUCGAGCUGUUCCCCAAUGCCUCCAAGCCUCCUAUGCUGACACAGCAGCUCAUCCUCAAGUCCAGAAGCGGUAUCCACCUGCAUCUGAAAAAGAUUUGCUGACCUGAUGAGGUGCCACAAGCAGUUCCCAAAGGCCACUCUUCACCCAGAGGUGCCAACCUGUAGCCUUCCUGAACACCUGGGCCAGGGAGGGGGAUACCCACCAGACCCACCUUAUGUCUUACCCCCACUAACCCCACACUGAGCACCUUGUGCCCUGCAGGCUCAAGUCCCCUCCUUGCCUCAGGAACAGCACUCCUGAGGUUUCUUGGAGGGUUAGCAGGGAUCUUCUGUAUUCUCCUCAUCUCUAGUCUGCCCUGAUGGGAUUUCUAUCUGAGCGCCUCCACAUUAAGCUCUGGGAAGAGCCCUGCCUUGAUGAGCUGCAGGCUGGCAUCGUGCCUGGCAUUGCAGAAAUGAAGGCCAGCAGGUUUUCCCAACCUGACACUGAACUUCCUGGAGCUGAGGGUGUUCAGACAGUGGGUAGCCUGGAGAAAGCCCUCAGCACCACCACUUUAGCCUCGUUCUCCUCCAAAAUGUGAAUAAAGCCUUGCCAAGCUGG